AAAUAGCUUUAUUCAAUUCCACCGUUUGGAGUCGAGCCUGUGCGUGAAGUCGACUCGAAGUCCAAUUAUUUGGAGAAUCGACGCUCAGAACGGACGUGAUGGAAUCAGGAGUCGACUCUCACUCCUAUGGAUCCUGUGUGAACACAGGAUCUUUCUUUAUAGCUCCAUGGUGAACCGUCACAGCAGCAACAUUUAAGGAUGCUUCACCUCGUUGUGUGGAUUGUACUGUGUCAAAGUUUUGUGCAAUGUCUUUUCCACAACCGUACCCGACCCAACAUAGUCAUGGUGAUGGCUGAUGCUUUCGACGGACGACUAACCUUUGAUCCUGGUAGAAGAGUAGUGCAACUUCCAUAUAUAAACUACCUUAGAGAACUGGGAACCACCUUUCUAGAUGCCUACACAAAUUCUCCAAUAUGCUGCCCUUCAAGAGCAUCUAUGUGGAGUGGCCAAUUUGCUCACCUUACCCAGUCUUGGAACAACAAUAAGUGCCUUGACGGUAACGCUACAACGUGGAUGGACUCGCUAGAGAAGAGUGGCUAUCAGACGAACAUGUUUGGGAAGCUGGACUACAUCUCAGGGAGCCACUCACUCAGUAAUCGCGUUGAGGCCUGGACCCGCGGUGUGAAGUUCCUGCUGAGGCAGGAGGGCCGCCCUGUGACCCAACUGGUCGGGAACGCGUCCACAGUCCGGAUCAUGACCAAGGACUGGGAGACCACGGACAGGGCCACCCAGUGGCUACGGGACACGGCUGGGCGGUUACACCAGCCGUUCGCCCUCUACCUCGGCCUCAACCUCCCCCACGCGUACAAGACCGACUCCCUAGGGCCCACGGGAGGGGGAUCCACUUUCCUCACUUCCCCAUACUGGCUCAAAAAGGUAUCCUUGGAACUCAUCUCUGUUCCCAAAUGGCUGCCCAUGUCAGCCAUGCACCCAGUGGAUUACUACUCCACCUUCACCAAGAACUGCAGCGGAGAGUUCACCCAGGAGGAGAUCAGGAACAUCCGGGCCUUCUACUACGCUAUGUGUGCUGAGGCCGAUGCCAUGCUUGGCCAGGUUCUGGGGGCCCUGCGGUCCGCUGGGCUGCUGGACAACACCGUAGUGAUGUUCACCGCCGACCACGGAGACCUGGCCAUGGAGCACCGGCAGUACUACAAGAUGUCCAUGUUUGAGGGCAGUGCCCACGUCCCGCUGCUCAUCGCGGGCCCCGGACUGGCUUCCGGUCUGCAGUCCACCCAGACGGUGUCCCUGGUCGACCUCUACCCCACCGUCAUGGCGCUUGCAGGCAUCCCGGCACCGGGCUCCCUGAGUGGACACUCUCUCCUCCCUCUGCUCUCCUGGCCUGGCGCCAGUCCAGCUGAGACCCAUCCGGGCUGGGCUCUGAGCGAGUACCAUGGAUGUAAUGCCAACGCCUCCACCUACAUGCUGAGGAAGGGCCGGUGGAAGUACAUUGCCUACGCAGAUGGUCAGAGUAUCCCCCCACAGCUCUUUGACCUGACACUCGACAAGGAAGAACUUCACAAUGUGGUGACCAAAUUCCCAAAGGUCGGGGCAUACAUGGAGGAGCAGUUACGUAGUAUUGUGGCAUAUCCGAAAGUGUCUCAGGCCGUGCAACUGUACAACAAACAACAGUUUAUCUCUUGGCGGAAGGGUUUGGGCGGGUAUUACAGCAAAGUCAUCGCCAACCUAAGAUGGCACGUGGACUGGCAAAGAGAUAUGUUGGCUAAUGAGAAGGCAGUGGAUGAUUGGCUCAAUGGUAUAUGAUACAAUAUGGACACUGGACAAGGAUGCUAUUCAUUCUGAUGGAAACAAUGAAAAAAUAUAUUUGAUUCGUAAUGGCAGGCUUACAGCCUCAGAAACACUACAAGACAAUCAUCUAACAAUUCCCCACACCUCAACGAAGCAGAGUUUAUAUCAACAUUCCUCCUCAACAUGUUUUCUGAUUGUUUGUGUGUGUGUUUAUACUUUGCCUAUUGUGAGGAUUUAUUUUGUGAUAAAUAAUAAAGAUGCAGGUAUGGUGAAGAUGCUGACAUCUUAUCAUAUUUAA